AUGCACCCUGAAGCACUGUGCAGCCGCGCGCGCCAGCCAGACUGGCGCCUAACAACCGCCUCCGUAAACUCUCUCAACCCCCUCCCACAAUUUUGCUCUACUCCCACGUUCGCGUUUGUUUUCAACUAUUGCAUCAGCAAUCAACAACAUUGCAUCAGCAAUCAACAAGCAUUGCAUCAGCAAUCAACAAGCAUUGCAUCAGCAAUCAACAACAUUGCAUCAGCAAUCAACAAGCAUUGCAUCAGCAAUCAACAAGCAUUGCAUCAGCAAUCAACAAGCAUUGCAUCAGCAAUCAACGAGCAUUGCAUCAGCAAUCAACAAGCAUUGCAUCAGCAAUCAACAAGCAUUGCAUCAGCAAUCAACAACAUUGCAUCAGCAAUCAACAAGCAUUGCAUCAGCAAUCAACUCUGA